ACGAAAUCGAAUUCAAACAUUUUUCGAACUAAAAUUACCCUAAAACUAAAACCAAGCACACACAAAAAAUAUUUGCCAAUUAGAGCCCCGUGAGUGAAAGGUGAAAGCAAUUUGUGGCCUCAAAGGUUAAGUGUUUGGCAAAGUCGAAGGGGGAAAGCAAAAUGCAACAAUCGAAUUAAUUGGCAGCCCGUAUCGAACAAUUGAUGGCAAAUGUAAUUUCCAAUAUCAUUAAGCCAGGCCCCCAACUCCACUCGAAUCGACUCGACCUGAAGCACAUCCAGGAUGCAGCAGUGGUACGAGUGACCGGUGGCAGAGGAGCUACUGUGGGGGAAUCAAAAAACAUUUUACGAGCGCAUUUCAACUGUAACAAAUGUCCCAGGGCCAUUGACAGAGGGGCGGUGUGGAAGGCGGGAAAUGCAUUGGCCACCCAGCCAGGGCGGAAGGAUGGUGCGGGGCAAGCACAAAAGCUGACCUCAUGCACAAAAUCCAAAGCCAACGACAAUCGAAGGCAAAAACCACGAGAGGGGAUUGGCAGAAUCGAGAGAGGAAAAUCUAGGGUCUAGCUAUACUCCACAACGAAAAAUCUGUUCGUGAUUUAGCGAUUAAAUGCAAGAUUUUUCUAGGUAAAGUGUCGGUUUAAAAUAUAUGUAUAAUUAAGGGUUCAUGAUUUUUCUAAGAACCAUUUUCAAGUAAAAGGAAA